UCAACCUGUAAAAAAUCGAUUUUUACUGUCAUGCGGAUAUAGAAUGUACAAUAUCGCAUCGCGAGAGGCAACACACUGUCCACGUGCGUCUGCACGAAGCCUAGAAGUAGGCCGGCUAUAGGCACGCCAAUAUAGAAGCUCACUUUUAGGACAUGACUGAAUUAUUAAAGGGAUACACGUGAGGUCAAGGUGGACAAUUUUUUUUCUACCCGUUGUUGACAGAUAAAGUCAUUGCUUAGUCGACGAUGUAUCGGCCUCCAGUAAUCACUCCUUGAAUAGCACCUUGUUCAGUCAGUCUUGUUAAGCCGGCUCAACAGAUUUAGCUUCAUCGAGUGCUCGGUUGAUCUAAGAAAAAGUUGUAAUUGAAAGUCCGUCUGCAAUUGAGAAUCGUAACAAAUAACGUUCAAGCAUAAUUACAAUCAUUUACACUUACGAGUAACGGAUUAAUUUAUUAUUUAGAUACGAGUGCAAAUAGAUCGAUUAAUAUAGCGCGCGCUGAAUACAGUCGAUUUUCAAUCGAUCGGAAUAAUUUUGUAAUUAAUAAUUUUACAAACUGUGUUCUCUAAUCUAUUGUUUUCAAAUCAUUUCUCUUUCUUAGGGCAAUUAUCGAGAUAUCUAUAUCUAUCUAUAUAAAUCUAUUUAUAAUUUAUAUAAAUUUUAUCAGAAAUUUAAUAUAAUCUGUAAUGAGAAAGAAGACGCUUAUUGUCAAUACUAUUGUUCCGUACUGCCAAUUUUAUUUAGAUAUCACAAAGAAUUUGAUUAUGUCGUUUGAGUGACUGAUGUAAAAAAAACAGUUGAAAAAAUCAACCAAAGUGAACACUCUCAAUAUUAUACAAUUUUCAUGUUUUUGUGUAGAAAUUUUUAAGAGUGUGCUGUGUAUAUUGGCGAUUCUGCUAUCAUUUCUUUUUAAAAAAUGGCAAAAAAGCGGGAAUGCAUAUCUAUUCAUAUAGGACAGGCGGGCGUGCAAAUGGGAAAUGCCUGCUGGGAGCUCUAUUGCCUGGAGCAUGGUAUCCAUCCGGAUGGACAGAUGCCGAGUGAUACCACCGUGGGAUAUGGAGAUGAUUCUUUUAACGCGUUCUUUUCUGAGACAGGCUCGGGGAAACAUGUUCCGCGAGCAGUUCUGGUUGACUUAGAGCCAACGGUGGUGGACGAGGUUCGUGCGGGCACCUACAAGCAAUUGUUCCACCCGGAGCAGAUGAUCACCGGGAAGGAAGACGCGGCUAAUAAUUACGCCAGGGGUCAUUACACGAUAGGGAAAGAGAUCAUAGACCUUACUUUAGACAGAAUACGUAGAUUGACGGAACAAUGCAAGGGCUUGCAAGGUUUCUUGAUCUUCCAUUCGUUCGGUGGUGGUACAGGAUCCGGAUUCUCAAGUUUGCUCAUGGAACAACUCUCUGCCGAUUAUCCAAAGAAAAGCAAGCUGACUUUCAGCAUCUAUCCAGCGCCACAGGUAUCGACUGCAGUCGUGGAACCCUACAACGCGAUUCUAUACACUCAUCCAACGCUAGAGCACAGCGAGGUGGCUUUUAUUGUGGAUAAUCAGGCGAUUUACGAGUUGUGCAGAAGAAACUUGAACAUCGAUCGACCGACCUACACGAAUCUGAAUCGGCUGAUUGGACAAAUCGUAUCGUCUAUUACGGCGAGUCUGCGGUUCGACGGUGCUCUGAAUGUCGAUCUUACCGAGUUCCAGACGAACCUAGUUCCUUAUCCACGUAUACAUUUCCCGCUCGCGACGUAUGCACCUGUACUGUCAGCGGAGAAGGCUGGACACGAGAGAGUGACCGUCGGGGAAAUAACGAGCACCUGCUUCGAGUCGAACCAUCAAAUGGUGAACUGUGACCCGCGCAUGGGAAAGUACAUGGCAGUGUGUUUGCUCUACAGAGGCGACGUGGUACCUAAGGACGUGAAUGCGGCGAUCGCGACGAUAAAACGGCAGAAGCACGUGCAAUUUGUCGAGUGGUGUCCGACGGGAUUUAAAGUGGGGAUUAACUAUCAACCACCUACUGUUGUGCCGGGUGGCGAUCUCGCACGAGUGGAAAGAGCAGUGUGCUGCCUCUGCAACACAACGGCGAUCGUGGAUGCCUGGGCCCGACUCGAUCAUAAAUUUGAUCUAAUGUACGCCAAGCGAGCUUUCGUGCAUUGGUUCGUCGGGGAAGGUAUGGAGGAAGGCGAAUUUUCGGAAGCCAGGGAAGACUUAGCCGCCUUGGAACUCGACUAUCGCGAGGUGCAGGAAGACACCGUCAACACUGAAGAGGAGGAAGAAUAUUGAGCCCGCCGUUAAAUAAAUCUCAUAUUUAUGCAUGUAAUAUUAUAUGUUCUGAUAUGAUAUAAAAUUUUAGUUUACGUUACCUGUCGUUAUCAGCGAUCGUACUCAUCUAAAUAAAUUAUUUGUACAUUCUUCUACCUAUA